AUGGCGGGAGCAUUGGCCGGAGAUGGCCUGGUGCGGUCUGCAAGUAACAUGAGUUGGCGGACGAUAAGCCUUAAAGAUAUGUGGAAUGAGCAGCCAGACGUGUUCCAGAGGAGUGGGGCGGCUGAAGAGGAGGAGGAGGAGCUGAAGUGGGCGGCCAUAGAGCGGCUGCCUACAUAUGAGAGGAUGAGGAAGGGGGUGAUGAGGCAGGUGAUGAGCAAUGGGCGAGUGGUGCAUGAUGAGGUUGAUGUUACUAAACUUAGGACUGAGGACAAGAAGCAGUUGAUGGACAGCAUAUUAAAAGUUGUGGAGGAUGAUAAUGAGAAGUUACUUAAGAGGCUCAGGGACAGAACUGACAGGGUGGGAAUUGAGGUUCCUAAGAUUGAAGUGAGAUUUGAGCACCUAUCGGUUGAGGGAGAUGCAUAUGUUGGGACCAGAGCACUUCCAACUUUGUACAAUUCCACCUUGAAUGCAAUAGAGGGGGUUCUUGGACUUGUUGGACUCUCUCCUUCAAAGAAAAGGGUAGUAAAAAUACUUCAAGAUGUGAGUGGAAUAGUGAGACCAUCAAGAAUAUGUCUACUUCUUGGACCGCCUAGCUCAGGUAAAACAACAUUUUUAAAGGCACUUUCUGGGAAGCUUGAUGAUGAUUUAAGGGUAACUGGGAAAGUCACCUAUUGUGGCCAUGAGUUGUCAGAAUUUGUUCCUAAGAGAACCUGUGCUUAUAUUAGCCAGCAUGAUCUUCACUACGGUGAGAUGACAGUUCGUGAGACUUUGGAUUUCUCUGGACGUUGCCUCGGAGUUGGAACCAGGUAUGAGAUGUUGGUAGAGGCAUCAAGGCGCGAGAAACAAGAAGGUAUAAAACCAGAUCCUGAGAUUGACGCAUUCAUGAAAGCGACAGCAGUGGCUGGCCAGAAAACCAGUUUGAUCACAGAUUAUGUUCUCAAGAUACUUGGAUUGGAUAUUUGUGCUGAUAUUAUGGUGGGGGAUGACAUGAGACGGGGCAUCUCUGGAGGACAAAAGAAGCGUGUAACUACUGGGGAAAUGUUAGUUGGACCAGCAAAAGUCUUUUUCAUGGAUGAAAUAUCAACAGGCUUGGAUAGUUCCACCACAUUUCAAAUUAUCAAGUACAUGAAGCAGAUGGUUCAUAUAAUGGAUGUAACAAUGGUCAUUUCUCUCCUGCAGCCUGCACCAGAGACAUUUGACCAUUUUGAUGACAUUAUCCUACUUUCAGAGGGCCAAAUUGUCUACCAAGGUCCCCGUGAGAAUGUCCUCGAAUUUUUCGAACAUAUGGGGUUCCAAUGCCCACAAAGGAAAGGGGUUGCAGACUUUCUGCAAGAAGUAACUUCCAAGAAGGACCAAGAGCAAUACUGGUUUAGAAAGAAUCAACCUUACAAAUACAUAUCCGUAACUGAGUUUGCUCAUGCUUUCAACUCCUUCCACAUUUUCCAAAAGCUUUCGGAAGAUCUAAGAGUUCCUUAUGACAGAUCCAGUGUCCAUCAUGCUGCAUUGGUGAGAGCAAAGUAUGGAAUCUCCCAUUGGGAACUCUUCAAGGCAUGUUUUUCAAGGGAAUGGCUGCUGAUGAAGCGCAAUUCAUUUGUAUACAUAUUCAAAACUACCCAAAUAACAAUCAUGGCUACAAUUGCAUUGACUGUAUUCCUAAGAACGCAAAUGAAAGCAGGCCAUUUAGAAGAUGCACCAAAGUUUUGGGGAGCACUGUUUUUCAGUCUCAUCAAUGUCAUGUUUAAUGGGAUGGCAGAGCUUGCAAUGACAGUUUUCAGGCUUCCACUAUUCUUGAAACAAAGGGAUGCUUUGUUCUACCCUGCAUGGGCUUUUGGCUUGCCCAUUUGUCUCCUCAGAAUUCCCAUUUCACUACUGGAGUCGGGCAUUUGGAUCAUUCUUACGUACUACACCAUUGGUUUUGCACCUGCUGCCAGUAGGUUUUUCAAACAAUUCUUGGCUUUCUUUGGAGUGCAUCAGAUGGCUCUCUCCCUCUUCCGUUUCAUUGCAGCAGUUGGAAGAACAGAAAUAGUUGCAAGCACAAUUGGCACUUUUACCUUGCUAAUGGUCUUUGUGCUUGGAGGCUUCAUAGUUUCCAAAAAUGACAUUAAACCAUGGAUGAUUUGGGGCUACUAUAUUUCUCCUAUGAUGUAUGGACAAAAUGCCAUUGCUAUCAAUGAGUUUCUCGACAAAAGAUGGAGCACUCCCAUAAAUGGUUCUAGCCAACCCACAGUGGGAAAGACCCUCCUUAAGGAAAGAGGACUGUUUGUAGAUGAAUAUUGGUAUUGGAUUUGCAUCGGAGCACUUAUGGGAUAUUCUCUCCUUUUUAACAUUCUUUUCAUUGCAGCACUGACAUUUUUUAAGCCACUUGUUGAUUCGAAAGCUGUAAUUGCGGAUGAAAACUCUGAAAGCAAUACUAAGAAGCAAGUGACAUCCAAUCCAGAAGGCACUGAUAAUCUGGUGAGAAACGCUAGAGGGACUGCUAGCUCAAUCAGUUCUUCAAACAAUCAAUCUAGAAGAGGAAUGGUGUUGCCCUUCCAGCCCCUUUCACUUGCUUUUGACCAUGUGAAUUACUACGUGGAUAUGCCUGCCGAAAUGAAGAGUCAAGGGGUUGUAGAGAGCAGACUGCAACUGCUACAAGAUGUCAGCGGUGCUUUCAGGCCUGGUGUUCUAACCGCAUUAGUAGGGGUCAGUGGUGCUGGAAAGACUACCUUGAUGGAUGUUUUGUCAGGAAGGAAGACUGGCGGAUACAUUGAAGGAAGUAUUAGCAUUUCUGGCUACACAAAGAACCAAGCUACAUUUGCUCGAGUUAGCGGUUAUUGUGAACAAAAUGACAUCCAUUCGCCUUAUCUGACUAUCUUUGAAUCUCUUUUGUAUUCUUCGUGGUUGCGUCUUGCUUCAGAUGUAAAGAAGGAAACACGAGAGAUGUUUGUUGAAGAAGUCAUGGAACUAGUUGAGCUUUACCCCUUGAGGAAUGCUUUAGUGGGACUUCCAGGAGUAGAUGGUCUUUCAACCGAACAGAGAAAGAGGCUCACCAUAGCUGUAGAGUUGGUUGCUAAUCCCUCCAUUAUCUUUAUGGAUGAACCCACAUCUGGCCUUGAUGCUAGAGCUGCUGCAAUUGUAAUGCGAGCGGUAAGGAACACAGUAGAUACUGGUCGAACCGUGGUGUGCACAAUCCACCAACCAAGCAUAGAUAUCUUUGAAGCUUUUGAUGAGCUGCUUUUGAUGAAAAGAGGAGGAAAAGUUAUUUAUGCUGGACCCCUAGGUCGUCAUUCUCACAAACUUGUUGAAUAUUUUGAGGCUAUUCCAGGGGUUCAAAAAAUAAAAGAGGGUUACAAUCCUGCUACAUGGAUGUUAGAGAACAGCUCCACUGCAGUUGAGGCACAACUUAAAAUUGAUUUUGCACAAGUUUAUGCCAAUUCUGACCUCUAUAGGAGAAAUCAGGAGCUCAUCAAGGAGCUAAGCACUCCACAACCAGGUUCCAAGGAUCUUUACUUCGCCACGCGGUACUCGCAAAGCUUCAUAACUCAGUGCAAGGCUUGUUUCUGGAAACAGCACUGGUCUUACUGGAGGAAUUCACGAUACAAUGCAAUCCGGUUUUUCAUGACAAUUGUGAUUGGUAUCUUAUUUGGUGUAAUCUUUUGGGGCAAAGGAGACCAGAUACACAAACAGCAAGACCUGAUCAAUCUGCUGGGAGCUACUUAUGCUGCUGUUCUUUUCCUUGGAGCCUCGAAUGCUUCUGCAGUGCAAUCUGUUGUGGCAAUUGAGAGAACAGUAUUUUAUCGCGAGAGAGCAGCAGGGAUGUAUUCUGAGUUGCCUUAUGCAUUUGCUCAGGUGGCUAUAGAAACAAUUUAUGUUGCAAUACAAACCUUUAUCUAUGCUCUUCUGCUCUAUUCCAUGAUUGGUUACGACUGGAAGGUGGAAAAAUUCUUGUACUUCUACUACUUCAUAUUCAUGUGCUUCACAUACUUCUCAAUGUACGGUAUGAUGGUGGUUGCACUAACUCCUGGCCAUCAAAUUGCUGCCAUUGUUAUGUCCUUCUUCCUCAGCUUCUGGAACUUGUUUUCAGGUUUCCUCAUUCCUAGGCCGCUAAUCCCAAUAUGGUGGAGGUGGUACUACUGGGCUUCCCCAGUUGCUUGGACAAUCUAUGGCAUUUUCACGUCUCAAGUCGGCGAUAAGAAGACAUUACUUGAAAUUCCUGGUUCAGCACCAAAGCCAGUGGAUGCAUUCCUUAAGGAAUUUUUGGGCUAUGACUAUGAUUUCCUUGUGCCUGUAGUGCUUGCACAUGUUGGUUGGGUCCUCCUCUUCUUCUUUGUCUUUGCCUAUGGCAUCAGGUUCCUUAACUUUCAAAGGAGAUAAAAGCCUCCACAUGCUUCAGAUAGGUGUAUCAGUAUAUGCCCUCAUUUGUAACUGUAAUUUCUUCUGCCUUAUUGUGAGUCAGUUUUUCUCUUGCAUGUAACUUCUGUAUAUGAGAGACUAAGGAAAAACAAAUGUUUAAUAUUAAACGUAGUGGUUUUGCUCA